AUGACCUCGUCGGAAGCGGCGAAAUGGAUGUCAGCGCUUUCCGAUGACCAAGCUGGUGUAUAUACAUUCUCUAAUUGCGUAUGUCUUUCCGACAUGUAUGGAGAUGGCGACACGAAAUUGGUCAUAGCCCAUGUGGGCAGUUCAAAAUUUAACAUGCGCUUGAAAGUUUUCAAGGGACUCACUGUGGUAGGAGAAAGUGCCAUAGCAGAUAUGCCUACUGCAGUUGUUUCCUUCUACAAUGAAAAGAUUACGCUUCCUGCACUUGGAAUAGCAUCUGGGUCAUAUAUCAGAAUUUACAAAAAUCUAAAGCCAUUCUACCAGUAUAACAUACCAUCAGCUCCUAUAAACGAAGUUGAACGAGAGGCCUGGGCGAACACCUGCAUAAAGCAGAUCACACACGAACAGCUCUUCACUGUUAUACAAAGUCUUGCCAACGAGAUAACACCCAAGCAGUUGACGCCUAUGUCCCAAACGCUACUGGUGGUGAAACCCGAAGAACGCUCUUCAUUCAUUGACUAUUAUGCUGUUCCCAAAUUCGUCAACAACCUACAAAACCCGGCAACGAUUACCUGUCUCGCUUCCAUGACCAAGUCAGCAAUGGACAGCAUAGACGUGCUCGUGCUUGGAACUGAACAAGGCACGAUCAGAGUCGUCGAUUCGCAAGCUUUCCAGAACAUAGCUGAAUGCCAAAUCCCUGGGAUUCCUGUACAGAUUGUGUGCUAUGGAGUCUUCGAUGUUGACUACCGCCUCUUUGUCAGUACCAGGGAUGGCAGCAUCUUUUCAAUAAAAAGAGAUCAAACAAAAAAGGAGAAACCAAUCAUAUCAUGCAAGACAGAUAUCGUCAGUUUUGCGCGAGUUAACAAAAUGCUGGCAGUGGCUACUUCGGACAACACGCUUCAUUUCUACUCAUUCUCUGGUAAAUGCAUGAACACAGUCAACAUCGGAGAGCCAAUCAAAGGACUCGAGCUUUUCCACUACGCGCCGAAGCAGUUUGAGGGUGUACUCGUGCUUUUGGAGAAUCAGGUCCGCUUGUACACCCAUCUCCAUCUUCUUGAUAUUGUUAAAAUAGACAAACCCUUAUCGUGGAUGAAAUUUGGCCAGUUUGGAAGAGAGGAAGGGGCAUUGGUUUUAGGAACGAGAGAUGGUGGUCUCCUCGUAAAGCUUUUCCGCCGCAAAGCAUCGUUGGAUGAACGGCUUGAUAUUGCAGCUCCUCCAAAAGCUUAUAAUAUCAAGCUGAACAUCCCCAAGAAAAGCAAAAUAUUUAUCGAUCAGACUGUUCGUGAACGAGACAACGUUAACCAGAUCCACCAGACAUAUCAACGCGAUUUAUUCCUCAUCAAAUAUCAUGCUACAAAAGCGUUCGCAGCUAUGGCAUCCACAUCAACAGCUUCGAUUUCUACUGAUCCGAAACAUGCGGUAGACAUCGCUGUUACCGUAAAUGGAUUUGGACCAAAGUUUCGAUUAACGGUGAAAUUGAGCUGCGCAAUGAAAGUGCCACUCUAUAGCCUGUGGCUGUCAAUGGUAUACUCACCAAAAAUCUACAACUUUGAAGAGACGUUGAUUCCGAUUUCCAUCCUCAUGCCAGGACAUUUCUACACCUUCACUACAUUGGUUGAGUGUAUCGAACCUGAAAAGGGCAUUUCGGAGGACAUUCGCGUGCUUCUAGUCAAACAGGACAAGUCAACGCCAAUUGUCACAGCCAUUGUUACAAUGCCUACUAGUGAAAUGAGCUUGUUAGAUUGA